AGAAACUAAAAAGGAAGAAGGAGAAAAAAAGUCGGGAACGCUUUGAAUCAGAAUGCAACGCCCACGAUCGCGAAGCAGAAAUGAAUUGACGCAUGCUUUUUCGCGUGUUGCUCGAUCAAGAAUAUUUCUAUCCACGCUUAGUAACCAGUUAUUCGGAGCGGCCUUCGCGAAAACCAAGGUGCCAUUCGUGAAAGAGAACGCGAUAGGAACGGGCAAGGAUAUCGAGAUUAAUUCUACAAGAUUCGAUGUCGAGGUAGACCUGUUCGUUAUUUCAUUCGAUCUCAACAUGGAUGUCUUGUAGAUCAUUGAGAUUUUUGGACGUGACCCAUAUACAAGUUAAGUUGAUUAAGACUUAUGGAUUUGUGGAAUCCUGAAAGCAUUUAUGUCGUGAAACUAUGGAGAAAGAAAGCACUUGUUAUGCGAUCAAUAUCCAAAUUGUUAUAAAUUGAACUUUCGCAGCGUACUACGUUUACUAUUUACAGAAAUUCCGGAUAUUCGCAACUAUUCAAAGUUACCUACAAAGAAUCUCAUUUUAUACUAUUUUCCAGUGAUUGUUUCUGUAGUUAAACAUUCACUUGUAUAUCACUCAUUCACUUAAAUUGAUUUCGACCAAUGCGUUUUCGACAUUUUCAACUUACGGGUUUUUGUCGUUGUCGUAAAAAAAAAUUCGGAAUUUUAAGUGAACAGGCGAGUCAUUUCACGACGUUUUUCUUUUUUUGUAUCUAACAUUAUCUAAGAAAAUUUAUGCGGUCGAAAGUUCCAAAGAUAAAGUGGAAGGGUUUCAAUAUCUACCUAGGUUGGAGUGGCUAUUCAAGAAAUGAUAAAUGGGAUGGUUGGAGAUUCGAAUCGAGGUCCAAUAAUUUUCCAGAUUCCUCUUUAUCUCAUGCCAGAUCUUCCGAUAAGGAAUACGAAGAUAAAGUGGAGAUUAUCGCGAGUAGCAUGAGGUAGUCGUGGCGAAUGUUACGAGAGGUUUGGUCGCCACGUGGUGAAGCAACUUGUCGAUAGAGUAACUCCAGUUGGGUCAGAAGGGUCGUUGGUUUGGGAGGACGUGACGUCGUAAAGGUCUCAUUUGGGCGCUUAUCGGGUUACGGAGGUUAAGUCCUCGGUUCUUCUGCGAACGGUCACAUAAAAGUCGGGAUAUUGUUUCUGGAAUUUCUCCUUCUUCGUGCCUCUAGAGGACGUUGUUAAUAAAUUGCCGCCUACAAUCCUAAUUGCCGUUAAUUUCACAAGCGUAGUAAAAAAAGAUUUUAUCGAUGUUACAAACGAGCAAUCACAAAGAGUAAUUUGACGAAUCAGUAAGAUAAAAAAUUUGAAAUACCAUUUGAACGUUUACCGAGACUCUAGAGAUUCUCACAAAUCCGCAGGAAGUUACAUAAACGUUGGUUGUUAGCUGGUAUUACUUGGUAUGGACGUACAUAUUGAAAAUAAUAUUCCAUGAUAAUUCAGUUUACUGUGCUAUUUUGGCAUUGAUACGUAAUUUCUCGUCUUAUCAAACGGUAUAAAGUACCGCUGGCUUUCAUGUCGUUCGAACAGCCAUCGAAUUAUCUGCGCAGGAUUUAUUGCUUUAUUCAGCGCGCAGAACGCGAGAUCCGCCUACAAGAAAUCACCUUAUCGGUCGGUGCCACCCACGGAUCAGCUUUUCUUCGUUCGCAUCGUUUUACGCCUCGUCACGAACAGUAAAGGAUCUUUCGGACGCAGAAAAAGAUGAGAAAAAGAUGGUAUUGGACCCCAAGGUCACGAGUCUGCACAGUGAUUACGGAAGCUUCGAUCGACCAUUGGGCGCCGGAGAGGGCCACGAGAGGGACGUCGAGGCGACGGUUGAUGGAAGUAGCAACGGAAUGGCACAGUCGAGCGACGUUUAUCAACGGCAGCCAUUAUUACCUGGUGCACCAACCAAGGGCAAGGAUAAGUGGUCCGGCGUGGCAUCUGGCUCCGACUAUUACGUGGAUGACGAGGACGAGAAGAUCGACAGUCUUAGCCGGCAUCCUGGCAUACCAAAUGGCUCUGGAAAUGGUGUCGUUAAGCUCGACAUACCCGCGCCUCUUCGGGAAGAGCCCCGUUUUCCUAAAGAGAAAUGGAAAACGUUUCUUGCAUUUCUGUUCAUGGUCGUGAACUUCAUAUUGACUACUGCGUCUCUUGCAAUGGUGCACGAACGAGUCCCUGAUAGAAAUACAUACGGGCCGCUCCCGGAUGUAGUGUUGGACAAUGUCGCCGCUCAGGAUUGGGCUCUUAACGUGUCGGAAGUUUUAAUUAUGAUAAUGUCCAACUCAGCGAUGGUUUUUAUUAUUUUUCAUAAACAUAGGUUUAUCGUUGUUAGGCGAAUAUUUCUCUUGAUGGGGCUGUUGUACAUGAUGAGGAGUAUCACAAUGUACGUGACGGUACUGCCUGUCGCCAGCAAAACGUAUUUCUGCAGUCCUAAAGCAAACAAUACGAGUCCGCUCCUCGUUAUAAAAAGGGUUUUGCAGCUCAUUUCUGGCUUCGGCUUGUCUAUAAAUGGCAAGCACACUUACUGCGGGGAUUACAUUUACAGUGGUCAUACAGUCGUGCUUGUACUUAGUUACCUGAUUAUAAAGGAGUAUUCUCCAAGAAGAUGUCAACCAAUUCAUUGGCUUGCGGGCAUUACUGUUUUUGUUGGGGUAAUUAUGGUCUUGGUGGCUCACGGACAUUAUACCGUGGACGUCCUCAUAGCAUACUACGUAACUACACGCUUAUGGUAUAUCUAUCAUACGUUAGCUAAUAAUUCGCAUCUUAAGCAAUAUGAACCAAACAACUUUUUGGCCCGACUCUGGUGGUUCCCUAUUUUUAAAUAUUUCGAGAAAAACGUGGGCGGCACGGUGCCACGACAAUAUGACUGGCCUUUACCCUGGCCUCGACGAUUCCUUGCCAAGCACCCUAAUCGGGACAGUUAAUGUCUGUCUUUGAUUUCGCGAUAGAGGCUGUCAAACAACGGAGUUACUUUGUUGUAAUUUGUAUAUAUAUAAACAUAUAUGUAUACGUAUCUAGGCUUAAAAAAAUGUGAAGAUAAAGCUUUACUAGAGAGUGGUGCGAGAGAUGUGUGUGCAAGUUCUUGUCAUUGUAGACGAGUAUAUUUGCUCUUUUGAGACUUGACGAAAACUUGCGGUGUUCACUUCCUUAAAAAAAGCAAAACUGACAGAAACAAAAAACUGUAAAACAUGAACGAUAGUGAAAACAGAUGCUUGUACCGUCAUGUUCGUUAUCGUCCAAUCGCGAAACCUAUUUUUUUUUUCUUGAUUUUGAUACGACUUAUACAUACAUUGUAAGAGGCUAGAUAAAAGAUAGAUCGAGAUAUUUAGUCUCAUGAUGAAUUCACGUAGAGGGAGGUAUUCGAGAGUUACCAACAAAUUAGUGUAUAAAAUAAAAUGCUAGAUAUCUCUAUUUUCAGAUACUCCGAAUGUGAAAUACUUAGAUGUAAAAAGAAAAAAGAAGGAAAGAAGUUACGCUACAGUAAUCCGGUCAAGCGCGGUAAAUGCGAAACUGUCUUGUUGAACGUAGCAUUAACAAGUAACAGGCGAUUUCUUUUAUAAACUCCUACUCCUUUGAACAACGACUCGCAUUGGAAAACUUGAUAAAAGAGAAAAAAAGCGUCACUUCAAUAAAAUAACAAAAAAAAGAAGGUACAAGAGAAAAACAUAUGGAAGUUUUGUUUGCCGCGAGACCUUCCUCUGGCUAAUCUAUUCGAAAUGCGUUCUAAUCUGUCGACUUCAAAAACAAACAAUUUCUUUAUGCUUACAUGCAUAGCGGUAUGCCUUAUUCCGAUGAAAGUCAACCGAAUAAAUCGCAAUUUUCGAACUCGUUAAUCGGUCAAUUGCCGUUCGUUUUCUAUAUUCUAGUUUUUCAUGUUGUAGAACUUUCCCUCGAAAUUGGAGCCCAUUUUUAAACGAGCAUUUUUAUCGUAGAAACAAUUAGUGGAUGAUUGGCAUAGUUUUAAAAUUCAACCAAUGAUCGUGCAAUUUCGUGGGACCAAGUACAGAGAGAACAGUUAGAAAAUAUAAUACUUUUCAAGGUAGCGGUAGAGAAGAUAAUUUCUUUUGUGGUGACAAUAGAAUAUGCGCAUAACCGGAACAGUAUUUAGAAUAGUUUUCGAACGUUUUUGCUCUAUUUUUUAAGCUAUGAUUUUCAGCGUCUUGAUCGACGCGUUGGCGUCGCAAUGUGUUCCCGUUCGAGAUCGGUGAAAUUUCUUGCCUACGGUCAAUAUGAUUAGAAGCCAAGUGUUAUUCUGUGUGUCAAUAAAAUUCGUGAUUUCUCGGAAUAAGGUCGUCUUUACAGUUUACAUACACCAGAUGUUGUCACGUAUACGUGAAGAUGUGGAGAUGUCGAAUCGUGCAAAGAAAGUUUGUGUUGUCGCUAAUAAAUCUCUGAAUAAUAAUAAUUGUAACAAAAUGAAGUCUAACAAAGGUGUUUUCUAAUAAUUCGUUCUUUGUAUGAUUUCAUUCUGUUCCUGUAUAUCUGGUAUCUCGUAAACUCGCAACAAUAAUUCCUCGCGAUUCUUGCUCCCUUUUAUUCAUUGGAGGAUUCUUCGGUUUUAUUGUUGUUUUCCUCCGAGAUAUAGACAGCACAAAAACGCUUUGAGAUCUCUACUGAGCCAUGUAGGGGCGUAAACGAAGAACGUUUUAACGAAUCUCAAUUAUCUGUAUAAAGGAAGAGAAAAUAAUAGCACGAUGGAAGAGUGAUAGGAAAUUAUUCUUUGUCGUGAUUGAAAGCGUCAAACUUGUGAAGUCUGCGAAUAGUUUAAGUGAUAUUGCCGGCGAUUUGUUGUCUUCUGCACACGCGAUUUAUUGUUAAUGCUCGUGCAAAGAUCUCGUUAUCCGUUGCCUGAAUUGUCAGCGUUCUAGUAACGCACGUUCGAAGUGCGUAACAUCUUUCGAAAUGGAUGCGAACAACCACAUGUAUGGCCGAUGAUCCUGUUUCUCGUUUCAUAACUCUUUUUCCGUUUCGAUGCGCGCGCGGUCGAACGAAUUUGACGGUCGACCGACGAGAAAAAGAAGAAGAACAAAAGAGAGAAAAAAGACAUUUUGCGAAAAAAGAAUAGUCAGAGUGGAAUGAAUUGAAUAGAAUCUAUUGGCCCUUAUAUAAUUAAGUCUCUUUCCGUCUGUGAUGAUAAACGAAAAAGAAGAAAAGACAUGAGUUGUCGUUGUGCUAGUUUUCGAUCGUGAAACGAGACACAUUCGUGAAACGAUACGCAUAACGUGCCCAUUGCAGCCAUUGAUAUUUCUCCUUAACCCUCUAUGGUCUGCUUUAUUUAAGUGAAAUUUAUAGAAUCUUCCGGUUCUCUAAGUCGUUUUAACGAAUCUGAUGCUUUCUAAAAUUACGAUUGAGAAAUUGAUAGUAAUGACAUACAAUGGACCGUAGGGGAUUAAAACACUCGUAUAGAUGCGAGUAUCGAAUAUACAUAUAUAUUUUAAUAAGAUUAAAUGUGGUUCGUAGGGAUACUUUUAAGUGACGCAAUAUUCUCGACGAUGUUAUUAAACUUGAAAAACAACAAGAAAAAAGAGAAAAAAAGAAAAAAAAAGACAAAACGAAUCGUUCAGGCAUACAUAUAUAUUUUUGGACGUGUGCAUAGGUAUACACGGGCCAUCGAAACGAUUUAUUACAUAGAGACCACGUAGCGUGUAAUUGUCAAGAGAAAUCUUAAACGCUGAUUAUCGUACGUGUGAACUAUGCCUAUUAUAUCUAAAUACGUUUGCAAAAUAUCUCGUCGUUGUUCUUUUUUGGGCGGACAUGCUUAAAAACUAAUACAUGUAUAGAUAAAUACUGAUAAUACAUGAACGAAACUUGCAUAGACUAAAGAUACCAUGAGUCUCUGAUAUUAUGAGGAGAAAGCGAUGUCAGUCCAAGUUAGAGCAGUAGAGUAACCGCGUCACGAUCUGCCAGAAAGAUAUUAAUAAGCGCAAUCGAAUCAGCCAAACAGAAAGAAGUAAACAAUUCAUCGAGUGUAUCACGUAUUUACGCGCGUUAUAAUGUGCUCCAUGAUGCACGUGUUCGUAGAUGCGUCUAUACGUAUGCAAACUCGGGUAAGGGGAUACAUGAUGUUACACGCACACAUGAUAAAUGGGUAAAUGUAAAAAGAAAAAGACAAAAAACGGUAUAUAUGUAUAUAUACGCUUCUUGAGUGAAUGGAAGGGAGUCAGGAUAAUUAUAGAGAAAGUCUAAAUUGUUGUAUCGAAGAAUGAUGGGAGAGAAGGGGAAGAUAGAAAGAAAGGAAAAAAAGAAUUAAAGAAAGAAAGAAAAGAAAGAAAGAAAGGGAGGAAGUAAGAAGCAGAUACGAAUAUGCACGUACGCGUGCGCGAGCGCGAGCGAGCGACAUACUAUGUAUGUGCGUUUAUAUAUGUAUAUACAUAUAUAUAUAUCUAUAUUUUUACUGUGUAGAUAUUUUUUGGUAACUUGUUACAAUAAUCCUAUUAGAUCAGUUAAGCGUAUACAUAUUAUAUAUAUAUAUGUUGUAAAUAUAAAAAAAAUUAUAGUUGAAGAGAAAGCUUCUGCCCAUGAAUCGCGAUUCGAAUAUUUCGAUCGGGAUUAAAACGAAUCAAAAUAACAAUUUUGUUCAUCGAUCUAAGAGAAACAUUUCUGAUGACGAUUAAAUUAUAGGCUUAUUCAAUGACUCGCGAAUUUAUUCGUGUUUCUUUCUCUGUCUCUCUCUCUGUGCCUGUAUACAAAAUAUCAAUACGAAUCCUAUUCUAUUCGUGAUUAAUCAACGAUUGAAGAUUAUGGCUGACAAAUAUGUACAACCUUGGUUUCCGUUGUCGAUGAUCUAUAGGUCGUAUGUAUAUAACGAAAAAAAAAUGAAUAUAUAUAUAUAUAAAUAUUAUUAUUAUCAUAAGUAUAAUGAUUAUUAUUAUCAUUAUUACUAUUAUUAAUAUUAAUUUUAUUAUUAUUACUAUUAUGUCUUCAAGAUUGUUCAAUUGUGAAGGAGAACCGAGGACAUUACGUCAUUGCAUGAGUCCAUGCAGCGUGUAACAAUAAAUAUGAAAGCAAGUUGAUCGAUUUUACUUUAUACUCUA